AUGUCUGCCACCACGACUCAGACCUCCGUCUCGACCACCCUCUCGGCUUCGCAAGACUCGUCGUAUGUUCCUCGAGGCCCGGUGAAGACCAAGUUGAACUUCUUCAAAGACCCUGAAGAUGGCUCGAAACCACACAACUACGUCGAGAAGCCGCCUGAAGGUCAGCCGCAACGGAACUUCGGCGAGAACGUAGUCGAGGUCCAGAUGCACGAUAUCCGCGACCGAGAAAACGAGUUCUGGCUUGACAAAGACGCCUUUCAAGCCAUCAAGGGCAUUCCUUCAGAGGAGACGGAGUUCGUCGACGACGAGCACAUCAAGAAGGUUUAUUAUCCUGAAGUGGAGAAACUGCUGCUGGACCAAGUGCCUGGUGCUCAUAAAGUCACCAUAUUUGACCACACCAUUCGACGGUCCAACCCAGACGCUCCCCGUGCCCCGGUCACAAGGGUACACGUUGAUCAGACGGCGCGAUCGACGGAGUGGCGCGUCAAGCUUCAUAACCCAGAAGAGGCAGACGAGCUUUUGAAGGGCAGAUAUCGGAUCAUCAACGUGUGGCGACCCAUCAACGGCACCGUCCAAGCACAUCCUUUGGGUUUUGCCUCAGCCGACACCGUUGACGACCACGACUUGGUGCCCGUCGAGCACCGAUAUCCUCACCGAACGGGCGAAACUGCUGCUGUGCGGUACAACCCGAAGCAAACCUUCCAUUACUGGUCCGGCAUGGACAAUGACGAGAGGUUGUUCUUGAAGUGUUACGACAGCAAGGACGGUGUUGGCCAGCGCGUGCCGCAUACUGCUUUCGUUGAUCCCAGGACUCCGGAAGGGGCCAAGGGCCGUGAGAGCAUUGAGGUCCGAGCUUUGGUCUACGGUUAA